ACCUUUUUUGAACAAGAUCAAACACCAUCGAAGCGCACUUGUGGAUAUCUGGAACUUCUUUCCAACUUUCCAUAGGAUAUGUAGCUAUAAUUUACAAGAAAUAAACACUGCACAUUUGGAACUGAGGAGAGAUUAACUUCUCUUCGUAACAUUUUUUUUUUUUUUGCUACGGAAAUUUAUGCCGUGCUGUAGCUGUUCACCUACCACUAAGUUCAUUCAAAAUAUAAAGCCCGUCAUUAACAUCGGUGCUCUCAUCACAGCUGUUUGUAGAAAGUUCCGCGCUCCGUGUUUACUCUCCUGGGUGAAUGUCUUUCGCGCUCCAACGCUCUUCAAAAUGAUCUAAAAGCUCAUCAGUACAUCAGGUGUCUCGUGAGUGCAUUUCCUUUCUGGAUGCGUAAAGUUGUCAAGAUGGCCGUGUUUUCUUGUUGGAUGUUGUUGCUGACUCUCACGGCGCUGGCUUUCCCAACAUGCACGCAAGGCAUGAAAGUGGAGGAGCUGUCAGAUGACCCGAGGACCUUUCUCCUGCUCCCUGUCUACCCGUCGGUCAAGUACCAGAUCCUCAACGCCGAGCCGCUCUUCUUGAGAGAUGCCGGACGUGACUUGAUAGGCAACGCCAGCCUGUUGGCCCAGCGGCAGGUCUUCAUGCUCAGUAACAUCAGCAGCAGUCAGCAGCAGCCACCACCGUCCAUCAACGCCAGCUAUGGGCAAAUGUCUGUGGAGAGGGCUAUCCCCCAGGAGCUCCUUCAAACGGGACCCAGGAUUCGGGCCUUUAUCAUGGCCAGACAAGUCCGCUCCUCUGCACCUAUCAUGAGGGUGCUGUUCCACUCUGCCCGGAGCGAUCGCAACGACCCCCAGAACGAUAGCGCGGGCGAGUCGGGUCCCCGCGUAGGGAAGAGUGGGUUCAUUUGCGUGAUGACCUACGCCUUCUGGGAGACGAGGGAGGUGCGGGGAGCCUGCUCCCUGCCCGCCGAGGGAGGUUCCUGCCUGGCCCGCCUCAAGCCCGAGCCGACCUGGUUCGGCCUGGGCAGCGGCAGGUCCAGCCGGGAGAACCGGGGCGAGGGUCAGGCGAACACGGUGGAGCUCUACUACCAGACCCGGCCCAGCCCCACCAGCCAGUGCUCGCCCCAGGAUGGUCAGACGCGCCGUGGGCAGCCCACGGGCCUGGCCACGGCGCUCAGGUACGGCGUGAGCGGGACGCGGAUGAAGAGGAUCGGCAGCCUCAAGCUCCUGCGCUCGCCCCCGGGGAACCCCACCUUUAUGAGGGUGAGGCUGGGAGGCACGGUGGUCAUCCAGACCUCGUCCAAGCCCGUCAAGACCACGGACACGGCCACCUUCUACGUCUUCCUGCCCAGUGCCUCACCUGUAGAGCGCUUCAUUCUCAGGACCACUGUGAAGAAAGGUCUGUCCUUCAGUGUGGCGCGCCCUAGUGACCCCGGUCUGUGGGACAUCGCUCUGGAGCCCAGCAAGGCGGAAGACGAGCCGCAGACCCUCUAUGUGGUGUGCCAGAAAAAGAGUACCCUGUCUGGGAAAAGGGGACUACUGGAGGUGCUGCAGCUGGAUUUUGAGGCUGAAGAGUUCAGUGACCAAUUGGAGGGCCAGCUGAUCACAUGGCGUCUGGAGUUGCCUGGCAACAUAAAGGAUGAAGGAAGCAUGACAAUUUACACCACGCAAAAGGACUUCAUUGGCCUGGCUCCACUCAUUAUGGACACGGAGCUCCUGAACACGGCCGUCUUGACGGGGAAGAGGGUGUCCAUUCCUGUGGCCCUCCUGGCAGUGGAGGCAGACGGCUCCGUCACGGACAUCACCAACUCCACCAGCUGCCAGUCCGCUGACACAGACAUCCUCAAGGUGUCCGAGAGAUGUGAUUUCGUCUACAUGGACGGGAAGGAGACGGGCGGGCGCGUCCAGAUGCUGGUCAACUUCACCUACAGCUACCUGAGCGCCCAGCUGGAGGUGAGCGUGUGGAUGCCUCGCCUGCCGCUGCACAUCGAGCUGUCCGACUCCGAGCUCAGCCAGAUCAAGGGCUGGAGGGUGCCUGUCUCAGCAGUCAGCCAGAGGAGAUCCGACAGCGAGGAAGAGGAGGACCGCAAGGGCCGCGGCUGCAUGCUGCAGUACCAGCACGCGCGCAUCCGCGUGCUCACGCCCUUCCUGGCCGAUGGCGAUGACCCCACAUCUGGGUCAGUGGUUAACCCUCCGGCCUACUUCUUGGGGCCGGACUGGCAGGUGGAUGUGACACGGCUGGUCCAGGGCUCUAUGCGUGUGGCCGACGCUUCAGUGGCACGGCUGCAGGCAGACACUGUGCUGGCCGGGAGAUCUGUGGGAGUGACCACUGUACAGGUGAUGUCUCCCCUGUCGGACUCGGUGCUGGCCGAGAGGAUGGUGCGGGUCCUGGACGAUAAAGUGUCCAUCACAGAGCUGGGGGUGCAGCUGGUCUCUGGCCUCUCCCUCAACCUGCAGCUCAGCCCCGGGAGCAACAGGGCCAUCGUUGCCACGGCUACCACACAGGAACUCAUGCAGAGCCCCAAACAGGAAGCGCUCAUCAGCCCCUGGGUGCAAUUCAGCGACGGCUCCUUGACCUCCCUCGACCUCUUCGACCCGAGCGGCUACACCCUGAGCGCGAGUUCGCUAGACGAGAGUGUGGCGACCGUGCGACAGGGCCCGCACCCACAGCUUUCGGCCGUGGCGGAGGGCGACGGCCAGGGGUCACUGCUGCGGGUCGAGCUGGGCAUCUGCGAGGCGUGCCAGAAGUCCAAGCGUAAGAGCAAGCUGGCGGUGGGCAGCGGCGCCGUGCGGGUCAAGCUCCUGCCACCGGACGAGGAGGGGGGCACCGAGGCCACGGGAAAGACGGGGAGCGGAACGGGUAGAGUGGCGGCUGGAGAGCCUGGCGGCGAUGCCAAGCUGCCCGAGCGAGAGGUCAAGCAGGCGCUCACCUCCCCAAGGGCCGUGCCUCUGGACGUCUACACCCAGGCCGUGCUACGCGAUUCCAGGGUCAGAGAGCUGAGCACCACCUCCACCCUCCAGGAGGCCAUGGGUGAAGUGGCCAUCUCCACCGCGCAGACCAUCGGCUCCACCACCACGGUGUCCAUGCAGGGGCAAGGCAGUGGGGUCAGGAAAGAGAUGGGCAACCUGCUGAUGAACUCCAUCUCUCACUUCGGUCCCGAGGGACCGUCUCAGCGGGACAUGUUCAGGAAGAAGGUGGCCGAGGUGCCCAAGGAGGAGGAGGGGGGGACGCCCACCGAGGAGCCCCCAGCGGUGGAGAGCAGUGACCUGAUCCGUGCGUUCGGCGUGGCCUUCAGUGACCUGGAGAUCUGCAUCUACGCGCUGGUGGGCGUCUCCUGCCUGGCCAUCCUGGGCUUCCUGCUCAACUGCGCCACCUACGGGCUGCGCUCGCACGGCAAGAAGACGCCCGUGCAGACGCAGGACCCGCGCGAGCACCGCCACCACUGGGUCCGGCUGAGCACGUCCUCGGACCCAGGCAGGCUUCCCGCGCCGCCGCCUCCCGCAGCCGCCACCGUCGCCAGGCAGGCCUGCCAGGGCCACCCUCACCCGGAGCCGCCUCAACACCACCACCACCACCACCACCAGCCCAUGGAGGCGCCCCCCGGCAACAGCAUGCCGCCGCCCCCCGAGCGGACCGCCACCCUGGGCCGCCGGAGCAGCACGCAGCCCUGCUGGACGGACUCCGUGACCAGCCGCUCGGCCACGCUGCUGGCCAAGCCGGUGCGCACCGAGCCCCUGCACUCGCCCACCAGCAAGAGGAACCAGGUCCAGUUCACCACCUUCACCACGCUGGACAUCAAACACCUGGCGGCGCUCAAGAGGAACGGCAUGGAGGUCAGCUGGGCCGCGCCCGUGGCCAACUACGACGAGCCGAAAGGGGGGCCCCUCCCUGACAUCCCGUACCCCACCGCCAAACCACACAUCCAGGGAUAGAGGAUAUUUAAGGGCUUUGUGUGUGUGUGUGUGUGUGUGUGUGAUUAAAGACUAUGGAGACGCUGAUCACUAUCUCUGUUGAGUGUAAUUGUUUUCUUAAUGUUUUAUGUGGGAGCCUACACAUUGAAACUUUCUGUAUUUGAUAGUAUUACAAAAGUCUUCAGAAUACCUCAAGGGUCCCUGUGUGUGUGUGUGUGUGUGUGUGUGUGUGUGUGUGUGCGUGCGUGCGUGCGUGC